GCAACCUCUCCCCAUUUUUAUUUCUAUACAACAACUAUAGACUGUUUCUUAAAACUAUUUUACAUCGUAAGAAAAAAAAAAAAGAGCAUUAAAAAUGUUAUGUGCAUCUCAAGCAUCAACAAGAAACAUUUGCUCAACCAUGGACCAACCCUCACAACCUUCUUCUUCUUCACCCACGGUCCGGCUCGGUGGUCGAGCCAUCGACCGUCAUAACCCAAUCAUACGUGACGGUCGGAGGUUCACUCCUCCACCUUCUCCUAACCACAACUCCUCAUCUGCUCCUCCUUCUUCGUCUUCUACGUAUCAUACUCCUCUCAAGACUAGACUUGGUCUAGAGAGCAGCGAGACAACACGUGUUUCGAAGAGGAAGAGCAAGAAAAAUCAAUUUGACGCUGGUAAGUCGCCCAUUAGUUGUUUUACCAGUGACACUCCUCAAGGUUCUUCAAGGUACUUACUGAGCAACCCGGUUUUCUUUGACGGGUUUGUGGACUCUGACCCGAUUCCAGUACCUAUUGAACCGGAGAUAACCAUGGAUGAAGAUUUGGAUAAGACUCAUGAAGAUAGAUUGGUAAUAAACGCCUCUAAGCAUCUCUCUUCUUCUUCUUUCUUGGAGAAUAAGCAACCUGAUUUCUUCGAUGGAUUCUUGGACUAUGACCCGGUUAUGUCUCCGAAUAAUCCUUUCUAUGAAUCCACAAAAGCUUCUCCGAUAGCAUCUCAAAGCUCUCAUGAAGAUAAAGAUGUUUCAUCUCCAGAUAAUCCUUUGUCCGAACACACAAAAGCUUCUCCGACAGCAUCUCAAAGCUCUCUUGAAGAUAAAGAUGUUUCGUCUCCGGAUUUCAAGUUCUCUCCUCCACAACCUCCACCACCUCCUCCUCCACCGUCGCCGCCGCCAAUGGAGAAUAACUCAUCUUCUGACCAAGUGGUAGUCUUGAGAGUGUCACUUCACUGCAAAGGCUGUGCAGGAAAAGUCAAGAAACAUCUUUCGAAACUGAAAGGCGUGACGUCGUUUAACAUAGACUUCGCUGCGAAGAAGGUUACUGUGACAGGAGACGUAACGCCGUUAGCUGUGCUAGCGAGUAUUUCCAAAGUUAAAAACGCCCAGGUGUGGCCUGAGACUAUUCAGAAGUAAUCUCUCUUUACAUGUAUUCCUUUUUCUGUUAAGUUUAUUGCUAUGUUUUCUUCAGUGUUGUUAUGUUUAUUUUGGAAGACAGUUUGUGAAAAACGUUACUCUCUUUUGUAAGUUCAUUGUGUGUGUUGGCAUCAGAAUUUACAAAAUUUCUUAAGUA